AUGAUGGGCUGUUCAUCACAGCAUGUGUGUUCGUGACAGCGGGACUGAUUUAUUCACCUCUUAUGUUUGUUCAUGUGGGCUGACGAAGUUCACCUGAUGCUGAGACGGAUCGUUUACGCAUAAGUGCAUAAGAAAGCGAGCUUCCUCCAACUGAACCUCAAGGACAAACUCACGGAAUGUAAAUAUUCAUUGCAAAAAUAAAAAAUAAUUGCGUUACUUUUGAUACCCAAACCGUCUAAAAACCCCAAAACGACCCAAAAACCGUUUUGCGCGCUUUGUAGUUGAACAUUUUAUUUUUUUUUGCGCACCAAAUGCCAGCAGUAUUCUGAGUGGAUGGAUUUAACCUAUUUAUUUUCAUCUACAAGCACUGCUGUGAGGGUUACGACGCGGAAAGGCCGGUUUGAUGAUGAUUGGAGAACGUUAUGUGUGAGCGCAGCGUUAUAACGGUCCGCCAAUGACGGAAAGUUGACGAACAUUGUUUUUAUUUGAUUUAAUUUUGUUUUCUUUUAUUAUUCGACGAAAUAACGUGAUGUUUUUGUUAAUAAGAAACGCUGUUUUAAGUCCUGACGCGACACCGCGACGCGUCGUUUAGUGUUUGCGCGCACAGCGUUCUUCUGAGGGUGUCUAGUGUGCGUUAUUCUGAGGGUCAGUGUGUGUCCUUCUGUGGGUUCAUGUUCUGCUGGCCGCUCGUGCUGCUGGUGAUGGGCUGUAUUCAGAGCAUCAGAUGCAAACCCAAGAGUUUCCGGGACAGCAUCAUGGUUCUGGAGGUGAACUCCUCCAUCGACUCGAACCCCACCAGCAUCGACGAGUCCUCCAGCGUGGUGCUGCGCUACCGCACGCCGCAUUUCCGCGCGUCCGCCCGGGUCCUGGUGCCGCCGGUGGCCGGUAAAGAGAGCUGGACGGUCGGCUGGAUUCAGGCGUGCAACCACAUGGAGUUUUACAACAAAUACGGAUCCAAAGGGAUGUCCAGCUGGGAGCUGCCGGAUCUCCAAGAUGGAAAAAUCCAAGCCAUCAGCGACUCGGAUGGCGUCAACUACCCCUGGUACGGCAACACCACCGAGACCUGCACCAUCGUGGGUCCCACCAAGAAGGACACCAAGUUCACCGUCAGCAUGAAUGACAACUUCUACCCCAGCGUGACGUGGGGCGUCCCGGUGAGCGACAGCAACGUGCCCAUGCUCAGCAGCAUCUGGAGGGACCAGAGCUUCACCACGUGGCUGGUGGCCAUCAACCAGGCGUCGGGCGAGAUCCUGGUGCUGCAGACGGUGCGCUGGCGCAUGCAUCUGCACAUCGAGGUGGAUUCCAACAAGCCACUGGGACAGAGAGCCAGGCUGUGCGAACCUAUCGCGCAGGAGCAGCCGCAGGUGCUGGGGAAGAACGAUGCCAUCCCGCCCAACGCCAUGGUCGAACCCAACGCCAACGACGCUCAGGUACUGAUGUGGCGGCCGCGGACAGGCGAGUCGUUGGUGGUCAUCCCUCCCAAACACUGAGACCAAAUCGGGUUGGGAAUCACUGUGCUAAACGCCACUGCAAAAAGACAAAGUGGGAAUAUUGCAUCUCAGACGGAUGGAAAGAGCGUCCGAUUCACGCUGCCUUAAGUUUACAUUGCUUUCACUGCAAACUCUUCGCCUUAAACCGAGUGCAAUGCAGUACACCUCGCACAUCCUACCUGUCCCUAUUUGCACUGGAUGUGUCCCAGUUAGUCGUCGUCUAAUGGGACUGCGAUGACCGCCGCGCACCCAACCAAACGAGGACACAGUCCUUAUGCAUUCAGUGUUUUCAGCACGAGCUUCAGUGUUUUAGUUUUCCAUCAACCAGCCACUUCCAGUGUGUUCUACAAGAGAGUCCGAACCGAGAGUCCAAAAAUAUAUAUUGUCUACUACAUAUGAGUUGCUGUGUCAGUCAGUGUCAAGACGUCAUGGCCAAUCGAUAGAGUUCUUAUGAGCUAACACGCAAUCGGUCCAUUCUGCUGGUGUUUGAAUGAGAUGUGCAUACGGCGACAGGAGCGCUGAUGGCUGCAUCUGCUCUCGUCAUCCAUCUGCUCCUCAAAUCAAACACCAUCAGCAGAAGCUGAAGAGAGAAACGUCAUGUGUCGUUCUCUAAUGAAUGCACUGAAAAACCCUAGAAUGAGUGAAACUCGUGUCCAGGCAACAAUUCUGCACAAGAACUAGACACUGUUUUCAUGGCAGUACUACAGAUGUGACCAUGAUGUACGUCAAAGGUUUGAAAAAAUUCAGAUUUUUUUUUUUAAGAAGUCUCUUCUGCUCACCAAGGCU